GUCGCCCAUUCACCGAGCGCCGGAUUAGGUCGUCGUAAAUUAAAUCGUUGCGUGAUGCGGCGACUUAAAAAACCUUCUCGGCCUAGGUUUUGAAGUGGGUCGUCUCUAGUGUGGCGUGAUUUCGUUGCAGGCGCAAUCCUCCUGCUGCGACGGCCUUUAUUUUCGCCCUCCGUGGAUCCUUCUCAAUUGGGGUUCCGGUCCCAUUUCUUGUUGUUGCGAUCGCCUUGUGUUCGUCGUUGGGAUGAUGCUCGGUAAUGGGUACGCGUCGUCGCCUGCGUCGCGGCGGAGGAGGGGGAGGCCGAGGGGUGGCGGAGGCAGCGGCUAUGGAUUCUGGCAGCCGCAGUCGCUCCAUCAUCAUCAGCAGCAGGAGAUAAGUCCGGUUGUUCCCCCGUGCACUGAGUUCGACAUGGCCUACUUCCGGGCCUACUCGCACAUCGGAGUCCACGAAGAGAUGCUUAAGGAUCGUGUGCGUACUGAAACAUACAGAGCUGCUAUCAUGAGGUAUCAACAUUUAAUUUCUGACAAGGUUGUUCUGGAUGUUGGCUGUGGUACCGGAAUUCUGGCUAUCUUUUGUGCUUUUGCUGGUGCCAGACGGGUGUAUGCAGUAGAUGCAAGUGAAAUUGCAGUGCAGGCUAGUGAGGUAGUUAAAGAAAACAAUCUAUCUGACAAGGUUACCGUCCUUCUCGGACGAGUUGAGGAUGUAAGCAUUGAUGAGAAGGUUGAUGUGAUUGUAUCGGAAUGGAUGGGCUACAUUCUCCUAUAUGAGAGUAUGUUGCCUAGUAUCAUUUUUGCCAGGGAUAAAUGGCUUAAGCCAGGAGGGCUUAUACUUCCUUCACAUGCUUCGCUUUAUAUGGCACCUGUUACUCAUGCUGAUAGGUACCGUGAAAGCAUUGAUUUCUGGCGUGAUGUUUAUGGGAUCAAUAUGUCUGCUAUGCUGCCACUUGCCAAACAGUGUGCUUUUGAAGAGCCAUGUAUUGAGACCAUUUCAGGAGAAAAUGUUUUGACAUGGCCAAUAUUGGUCAAGGAAGUGGAUUGUUACACUGUCACAAUUCAGGAGCUUGAAUCUGUCACUGCAAAAUUUAGUUUUUCAUCAAUGUUACGAGCUCCACUACAUGGCUUUGCAUUUUGGUUUGAUGUUGUCUUCAAUGGACCUGCAAAUUAUUCUUCCAAUCACCAUCUACAACCUCCGCUGGGCAGUCUGGUUGACCAACAAACACAUGGUUCUAGUCAGAAUAAGAAGAGAAUAAAAUCUGAUGAAGGAAUUGUACUUUCCACUGCACCAGAAGAUGCUCCGACUCACUGGCAGCAGACUCUGUUGUAUUUAUACGAUCCAAUUGAGUUGCAGCAAGAUCAGAAAAUUGAAGGUUCUGUAACAUUGUCCCAGAGCAAAGAGAAUGCACGGUUCUUAAAUAUUCAUCUGGAAUACUCUUCUGGCGGACGAUCAUUCGUGAAAGAGUCUGUUAUGCGGUGAUACAGUUUUAAUUUUUCAUUAGAAGGUUCCUACUUUUUCUAACUGUCAGCCCUUGUGAAAUUUUUAUCUUCAUGGGGCUAAAGACUACUAUAAUCAGAACAAGGGUAAAGAGUGUGUUGCUGCAUACGAGAUUCCAUCACUAGAUCAACACUUGCGUGAGGCAUCGGCUUCUUUGUGGUGAUGUAGAAAUGACAACCGUAACAGUGUUUGUAGUUUGAUGAUUUCAAUUGUAAGAAGUGGAUUCCUUAACUGCAUGCCAAUUCAGCUUGUCAAAUUCUUUCUUUGGGAGUUUUACCAGGGCCAACAUGAUUCAAUUGAACACCUUUAUCAUGACAAAGGUAAUUGUUCUUCACUCUA